UAAUUAUUAUUAUAAGAUCCUUGCGAUAAAAAGCGAGGGUAAAGUUAGGUGGUGGGAACCUCGGCGGGCGGGGAGAUAGAGAGAAGGGGUAAAGGAUGCAAUUAAUUAGGAUUAAGGAUGCGUCGCGAAUCGUUUUAGGGUUAUUACCACCCCUUUAAAAACCGCUCGCUUCCCCCUUCUCCCUUCUCCAACCCAUUUCUCUCCCCCUCUCUCGCUGGGGAUAGUUUUUAGUGUUAUUUCUUCGCCGGUCUCAUACCCCGAGAGUUCUCUCCUCUAUUGGAGAGGAGAUCUCGCAGGAUACAUCGGGCGAUCGCGAUUGGAGAUGGCGAUCUCGAAUUCCGAGGGGGAUUCCGUCGCAAAAGAAGGGGAAAGGAAGCGGAAGCGGAGGGCUGAGGUUCGACCGUCACCGUCCAAGUGGAGGACCGAGAGCAAGCAGAAGCUCUACUCCUCGAAGCUCCUCGAAGCCCUGCGGCGCGUCCGCCGCGGGGCGCCGGCGGAGCCUCCGCGGAGCCGCGCCGUCCGGGAGGCAGCUGACCGCGCUCUGGCGGUGGCCGCGCGUGGCCGGACGCGGUGGAGCCGGGCAAUCCUCUCCACCCGGGCGCUCCAGCUCAAGUCGCGCAAGCGGCGGCCCGCCGGUCCCGCUGCCCGGCCGAAGAAUCCAUUCGCCGAUGCGGCGGAGAAGAGGAGAUCGCCGGUGCUGCAGCGGAAGGCGAGGGUCCUCGGCCGGCUGGUACCGGGUUGCCGGAAGCUCUCCUUCCAGACGCUCCUCGAAGAGGCCUCCGACUACAUCGCCGCGCUCGAGAUGCAGGUCCGCACCAUGAGCACCCUCACCGAGAUCCUCUCCUCCUCCUCCUCCGCCUCCGGCGCGCCGCCAUCCGACCAGCUCGGCUCGUCUCAGCCGUUCUGACCUGGCCGCUCCGGCCGCAGGUCAUUUUCCCCGCCAUCCACCCAACCCUUCUCCCAUCUCUUUUUUCCGCCUUAUUUUCUCCUUUUAAAAUUCAUGUAAUUUACUGUAAAUUUCUACC